AUGCCGGGCAUGGCAUCGGAUUCCGGUGACGGAAACACUUCCUUGGUCCAAUAUUCGCCGAAUCCUCAACCCAUAACCUACCCUCUGCAUCACGGCCUUAAACCCCCAAUUUCUCGGCUGUCGAUUUCAUGGGCACGUGGCAACACCCUUCGAGUCACAGUUCUCCGUCCGCCUCAGCCUUCUGCCGUUCCUGAGGAAGAAUCUGGAGGUAGUGUGGUUGAGGUGAAGAUAGGGGACGACGGUGACGGAGAAAUUGACGAUGCUCAGUGGCGCAGGAUUGCUUAUGGUUCCGUUACUCCUUUUGCUCUUCUUCAGAGCCGGAAGAACUCGGCGUCAACUUUGUCAAAAAUGUCAGCUUUUGAUAACUCAAUGUGGUCGCAACACAUUAUGGAGUACAGUGCGGAGAUAAAGUCUCUCCUUGGUGCUCCUAAGUUGUCUUAUAAAUCACCUAUUGAUAACCCUAAGGAAAUUCUGGAGGAUAUCAGGAAGCCAACUUGUUUGAAAGCUGCUUGGGAGCUUAUGGACAUAUUUUAUGCUGACCAGCAAUCUCAAGCUUGGAUUCCUGAAAGGCUGAUAGAUUGGUUGGCUGAUUAUGAUUGUCUUCUGUCUGGAACUCAAUCAUCCGUGCACUCAAAACUCGUAGAUUUUCAGAAGGAACUCGUUGCUCUACAGGCUGUUGAAGAUCAUCCUAAAUAUUGGGAAGCAAUUUCAUCAGCGUUAGCAAUUGGCUGGUUAGAAGUUGUGGUGAAAUUGUUGCGCUUGCACGGGUCUUAUCACUAUGAUCAGCUUGGGAGUCGUGAAACUGAGAAUGGCCUGGUAGAAGCAGUUGCUGUUCUUCUGUCCAAGAUGCCACGUCUGCGGCCUGAACUAAAAGCAGAUAAGCUAGGUGAAUGUUACAAGAGCAAGCCUGAUUUUAUGAAGGCAUGGGAAAAGUGGCGAGCACAAAUAACUAAGCUGGAUUGCAGUUCAUUUUGGCUUCAAUGCGAGCACGAGGAGACAAGGAGUGGUCUAAAAAGUGUACUUCAAAUCCUGCUCGGGAACUCAAGUAGUCUCUCCAAUGCAACACAGCAAUGGAUUGAACUCUAUGUUGCUCACUUUUUGUACAUCAGACCCUUCAUGGCAGGUUUAGAAAGCAUGUACGAUCUGGCUCAGAAAUGCAUGCAAAUGAAACCCGUUCACGAGCAUAAAUUAAUUAGAUUGUUAAUUGGAAUACUUGGAGAGAAUCCCGAGGUCAUCAUCGCAGAGUGUUCAAGGUCAUUUGGCCCCUGGAUGAUUGCACAUGCUGCAGAGUUGUUGACUGUUGGGAACAUUCAAGCUGAAAUUCUUUUAAGUGAACCAAGAUAUAAAUUGGGUGGAAUGUGCAUUGAAGAGCUGAACCGACUCAUCUAUGCCCAAAUCCUAUCUUCUCAUGCAUUGACUUGGCAAAUUGCUCCGAUAUAUCUGUCUUCCUGUAUGAUUCAAGGCAUGGGUUUGUUGGAGACUGUAUUGUGCAAGCAAGCACUUCAAAAUAAUCAAGUGCUUCUAAAGACAAUAGAAAUUUGCCGCCUAUAUGAACUCGAUGUUGUUAGUAGGAAGAUAAUGAAGAUAGCUGGAGUACAUGACUGGAAGCAUGGAAAGAAGGGUUCAGGAGUGUUUUGGCUUCAGCAAGUUCGAGAUGAAGUUCGUUUAAGCAGGAUAGCGAAGCAGUUGUUUGAUUUUGUUGGAAAGUCGGUGUCUGAUGAGAGUUUCAAGCAAUGGGAGGGACUUAUCGAACUACUGGGAUCUGAGUCUGGGACUGCUGGGGGCCUUGAGUUUCUGAACAAGUAUAGGGAUUUUAGGCGAUCUCUGCAUCUGGUUAAUAGUGGAGUGGCUACUGAUGCUGCUCAGAAGGCUGCAGAAGCCCUUAUAUUGCUCAUGAAAAACCCUUCUACACCUCAGAGAUUUUGGCUGCCUAUUCUCUACGACGCGUUGAAACUGUUAAAUUGGCCGAAAUAUCCCUUGUUUGAUGUCUCUCAGACGAACUUGAUGUUGAACAAACUACAAGAACUGUCAAUGGUGAAGCUGCGGCCAGACUUUGUCGACGCUGAUCUGCCGCCUGAAGCCUUAAAUACUGUGAGAUUAGCUCUUGGUACUAAUCUAGGACGUGCAAUUCUUAAGGAAUAGUGUUGCAGUCCUCAACUUGUAAUAAUGUGUAUGGUGUCCGCUUCCUGUAUCUUGGCUAAUUUCAUGUUUAUUUUCCGAAUGAAGUUAACGGGUAACUUUUGAUGUGUUAUGUUCAGAUCACGUAGGCUUUAGUCUCCAAAUGCUCUCUAGGUUUUGCUCUAGGGAUAUAGAAAUUUAGAACGUGAAAUAGAAAUCAAAUUCAGAGUUGUAAGAAAAGUGGUUUCGGACAACGGGAUGUAAUGUAUAAAUUUUUCUAGAAAGUUAAGGAGUACUUUUUCAGUUGCAAUGUAGCCAUCCUUACACAAAGUUGCUCACUUUCUC